AUGCUGUCACUUUUGGUGUAUUUCAUAUGCCUGGCAGCAGCAAGAGCUCAGCUGCUGGAGCUAAAUGAGGGAAAAGUAAAAGGAUUUGAGUACAAGACGAAAAAAGGUGACAUUGCCGAAGUGUUUCUCAAUAUUCCUUUUGCCUCACCACCCAUUGGUGAACUUAGAUUUGAGAGACCACAGCCGCCAAAACCAUGGGUUGGUGUCCGUAAUGGCACCACUUUCGGAGCCGCGUGUGUUCCCAUCGUUCCAGAGGCUGCAUUCACGGAUUCAAUUAAAUUAAGCGAGGAUUGUCUAAGUUUGAAUAUAAUACGACCCAAACCAAAGGCCUCAUCACAAAAUUUGCUGCCUAUCCUGUUUUAUGUGCAUGGCUCAGGAUUCUUUUCCACUGGAGAUGAAGAAAUUCCUGGUAACAUGGGCCUGUUUGACAUGGCUGAAGCUCUAAAGUUUGUCCACUCCAAUGCCAAGAGGAUUGGUGGAGAUCCUUUGCGCAUUACCGCCUGGGGAGACAGUGCUGGUGGAGCAGCUGCAGCUCAUCUGAUACUUAGUCCGAUAACAAGAGAUGGAAUUUUUCUUCUACACCCAGAUGAAAUGGCCGCAACUGCACCAACAAAAGUGUCUAUAAUUGGUGUCACAGCUAAGGAAGCCAUCGGUUUUGCCUUGCUUUGGCCAACUUUGGAGUUUUUCCACAGCCUCUACAUUGACCCAUCAAGAUACAGCACCUGGGAUCGAGAGAAGCUUGUCAAAAAAUUGAUGGAAUUCGUUAUGAAAACUUACGUUGGAAACCAUUUGUCCAACAUAUUGCAAGAAGUUAUAAGAUUCUACGUCGACAGAGACGAAGAGAAGCACUUUGAGUUCUACCUUGAACGCUACGUCGAGUUUCUCAGCGACGUUCUUUUCAAUGUGCCAGCAGUUGAUGGUAUUUUGGCUCGUCGUAGUGCUGGUUGGGAUAUAUACGCAUAUGUAUUUGAUUACUGUCCUCCAGAAUUUGAUGAUGAUAAAAUUCCGGGAAGGUUAAGAGGAGCUACGCAUGGAAGCGAGUUUGUUUACGUCGGUGACAUAAGCGCCUUGAUGGGAGGACGCGAGUUCAAAGAGGAAGAAGCGAAAAUUGCUGAGUUUUUAGGAGAGUCGUUGUCAGAGUUUGCUAAAAAUGGACAACCUUCCAACAAUCAACAACCAUGGUUAAGAGUCAAAGCAGAUUCUGCUAUUCGCUUUAUGAAUAUCGCACCAAAGUGUGAGAUGAAGACGGGCUUUUUUAAUGAAUCUGCAUCAUUUUGGCAAAAAACAAGAAAAUACGGAUUUGAUAUGGUGAAAUUGUUACGGACAGGAAAUGACACGGAAAAGGUGAAGGAAGAACUUUGA